ACUGCCACUUUAUCCAACUGCCGCAUGUUACCCUUUAUUUUAUUUAGCAUGCCUGUGACCCGUUGCAAUAUUUUUUCUUCUUUUAAUUUUUACAAAGGGGCCGGGCAGGGUGACCGGUGGGACGCGUCUGACGGUGUGAGGGCAAAUAGACGUGACCUAGACUUUGAUGGAAGGAGGCCACGUGUACGGGCCGAGAGCAAAGAGAGCAGAACGCGGAGUGAGACGUGUACAAUGCACCAAUGCCCUUCGGCGCUGCCUAUGCGGUCCGCUGGCCCUUCCCCAUUAUUAUUAAUCCUUAUUUCACCUCCCCCCCCCCCCCAACCUUUUUGAAAAUCCCACAAAUAAACAAUUAGAAUUCCGUCUUCUGUUCUGCCGCUGCCGGAUUCUUCUUAAAGAAACAGCAUAGCAUUUUUAUCCCCUUUGGAAAAUCAAAGCAACUUUUCUUUUUCUCUUCCACCUCACUGGCCUCUAGCUCUAGGUGGUUGUCGUGUCAAGGUUUGGAGCCACUAUGACCCGCAUUCCCCCUACCGCCCAACUUUCCCUAACUUUACUUACUAUGUAACCUCCAACAGCAGCCCUCUUUCCACAAAUCCAACACGUGGUCGUCUUCUCCUACUUCUUCUAAGCGGACCUUCCAUCCAUCCCACCGCUAUAUAAACCCCUCUUCCCCUUCCCCUCUCUCCCCAGAACAGCGAGCUCCAUCCUCCCUCUUCUAAUUUUCUCUUCUGCCAAACACUCUCUCUCGUACCCCCGGAAAAUUGUCAAUCCCUCGUCGCCAGCCUCAGCCCCCCAGCUGCCUGUCUUGAUUGAUUUUCACGACGACAGAGAUCACCGACGGCGAUACAAAAAGAAGCAGAACAUAUAGCUAAAGACGCAAUUAAACAUGGCUUCUGCUGCAGCGACAUCUGGAAAUACAUGGGUGAAGACCAGAAUCAGCACUCCUUCGCACACUCAUUCCAAUAUUACAGAGUGGGGUUCUUGUGCGAAUUUCAUCCCUAUGUACAAGCCCACUACUACUACUACUACUACUACUAGUAAUACUUACAGAAGGCUAAACAUAAACUGCUCUGCUCAAUCCCCUUCUAUUUUCCAUUUCCCCAAACACACCGCAACCACCUAUCAACCCCAAAAGGAAACCUCCCGCUCUUCUAAUUCUUCUUCCCACAAGCCCAAUAAAACCCAAGACUGGAACUUCCUACAGAGAGCUGCAGCCAUGGCCUUGGACUCCGUCGAGGAGGCCUUGGUGUCCCGCGAGCGACAGCAUCCCCUCCCCAAAACCGCGGAUCCCCGAGUUCAAAUCGCCGGCAAUUUCGCCCCCGUGCCGGAGCAACCCGUCCGGCACGGGCUCCGGGUAACUGGCAAAAUCCCGGAAUGCAUUAGUGGCGUAUACGUUCGUAACGGGGCCAAUCCGCUCUUUGAGCCGCUCGCCGGCCACCACUUCUUCGACGGUGACGGCAUGGUCCACGCCGUCCAAUUCAAGUACGGGUCCGCGAGCUACGCCUGCCGGUUCACCGAAACCCAGCGGCUGGUUCAGGAGCGAGCACUUGGACGGCCGGUCUUCCCCAAGGCCAUCGGCGAGCUCCACGGCCACUCCGGCAUCGCCCGGCUCCUCCUCUUCUACACCCGCGGACUCUUUGGCCUCGUCGACCACCGGCAUGGCACGGGCGUCGCCAACGCCGGCCUCGUCUACUUCAACGGUCGCCUUCUUGCCAUGUCGGAAGAUGACUUGCCGUACCAAGUCCGCGUGACUCCCACCGGCGACCUGGAGACUGUCGGCCGGUUCGACUUCGACGGGCAGCUAGAAUCCACCAUGAUUGCGCACCCAAAGGUUGACCCUGUUUCCGGCGAGUUCUUCGCUCUCAGCUACGAUGUCGUUCAGAAGCCGCAUCUCAAGUACUUCCGCUUCUCGCGGGAGGGCCUGAAGUCCCCUGACGUUGAAAUCCCCCUCGCCGAGCCCACCAUGAUGCAUGAUUUCGCAAUUACAGAGAAAUUUGUCGUAAUCCCAGAUCAACAGGUGGUGUUCAAGCUGCAGGAAAUGAUCGGCGGUGGCUCGCCGGUGAUCUACGACAAAAAGAAGGUGGCCCGAUUCGGGAUUUUGGAAAAAAAUGCAAGUGAUGCGUCUGGGAUCAGAUGGAUUGAUGUGCCUAAUUGCUUCUGCUUUCACCUUUGGAACGCGUGGGAGGAGCUGGAAUCCGACGAGGUCGUCGUGAUCGGAUCCUGCAUGACGCCAGCGGACUCCAUUUUUAACGAAAGCGAAGAAGGCCUCCAGAGCGUAUUAUCCGAAAUUCGACUCAACUUGAGGACCGGUAAAUCGACUCGGCGCCCCAUAAUAUCGGAUCCGCAGCAACAAGUGAACCUGGAAGCAGGGAUGGUGAACCGGAACCGGCUCGGGAGGAAAACCCGGUUCGCGUACCUCGCGAUAGCCGAGCCGUGGCCCAAGGUGUCGGGGUUUGCGAAAGUAGACCUGGAAACAGGGGAAGUUCAGAAGUACAUAUACGGAGAGCAGAGGUACGGCGGCGAGCCUCUUUUCCUUCCCGUAGAGCUCAGCUCGGGAAAAGAAGACGAUGGGUACCUCAUGGCUUUCGUCCACGACGAAAGGACAAGGACGUCAGAACUGCAGAUAGUGAACGCUGUGAAUUUGACUAUGGAAGCUUCCGUAAAGCUUCCUUCACGAGUUCCUUACGGUUUUCACGGCACGUUUAUUAACUCGGAAGAAUUACUGAAACAGGUUUAGCAGUUUGGGAUGGGAGUAUUUUAGUAGCGUUGAGGACCGGAGGAGAAUUGCCAGUGGGAUUGUUGCAGAUAAAGUCCCCGGAGUCUCCCGGCCAGUACUUCACAGUACAAUUGACCCUUUUUCAUGGGUUACUCUGUUUUUUGUUUGUGUUUUUGUUUUUUUACUGUGUAGAUGUUGUCAAGAACCAAGCUUGUAGCUUUUGGUGCAUAAGAGAAGCUCAGCUGGUUUUUGUUUGUUUUUUUACUGUGUAGAUGUUGUCAAGAACCAAGCUUGUAGCUUUUGGUGCAUAAGAGAAGCUCAGCUGGUUUUUUUUUUUACUUUCCUUGCACUCCUCUCCUCUGUUGCUGUGCAUGAAAUGGUUAUAUAUAAUUAAUUACAGUGGAUGGAGAUUGCGAUGUAUUGCUUCA